UGAGAAUUUUCACGGCGGCUGGGAAAGUUGAGAACUCCCCUACAGGCGUCUAGGAGCUGCUGCUACCGCAUCUUCUCCAUCCCACGGAUUUUACUGCCUUGGAUAUUGCGAGGGGAGGGAGGGGGGAGAGGAAGAGAAGGAGCCUCAUAAUUUCGCCUGCAUUCCUCCGCCUGCCCCGCGGCCCCGCUCCGCGCCCGCCCUGCCAUCUUCGCACCAUGCACUUGCUGGAGGUGCUCUCCCUGGGGUGCUGCCUCGCUGCGGGCGCCGUGCUGCUGGGACCCCGGCAGCCGGCCGCCGCCGCCGCCUACGAGUCCGGCCAGGGGUACUACGAGGAGGAGCCCGAGGCGGGGGAGGCAAAGGCUCCUGCAAGCAAAGACCUGGAAGAGCAAUUGCGAUCUGUGUCCAGUGUGGAUGAACUCAUGUCAGUACUUUACCCAGAAUACUGGAAAAUGUUCAAAUGUCAGUUGAGGAAAGGAGGCUGGCAACACAACAGGGAACACUCCAGCUUUGACACAAGAUCAGAUGAUUCACUGAAAUUUGCCGCAGCACACUAUAAUGCAGAGAUCCUGAAAAGUAUUGAUACUGAAUGGAGAAAAACUCAAUGCAUGCCACGUGAAGUGUGUGUGGAUGUGGGAAAAGAGUUUGGAGCAACUACAAACACCUUCUUUAAACCCCCAUGUGUAUCCAUCUACAGAUGUGGAGGUUGCUGCAAUAGUGAAGGACUCCAGUGUAUGAAUAUCAGCACAAAUUACAUCAGCAAGACAUUGUUUGAGAUCACAGUGCCUCUCUCUCAUGGCCCCAAACCUGUAACUGUCAGUUUUGCCAAUCACACGUCCUGCCGAUGCAUGUCCAAGCUGGAUGUUUACAGACAAGUUCAUUCUAUCAUAAGACGUUCCUUGCCAGCAACACAAACUCAGUGUCAUGUGGCAAACAAGACCUGUCCAAAAAAUCAUAUCUGGAAUAACCAAAUUUGCAAAUGUUUGGCACAGCAUGAUUUUGGUUUCUCUUCUCACCUUGGAGAUUCUGACACAUCUGAAGGAUUCCAUAUUUGUGGACCAAACAAAGAGCUGGAUGAAGAAACCUGUCAAUGUGUCUGCAAAGGAGGCGUGCGGCCCUCGAGCUGUGGACCUCACAGAGAAUUAGACAGAUCAUCGUGUCAGUGCAUGUGCAAAAACAAACUUCUCCCCACUUCCUGUGGGCCCAACAAGGAAUUUGAUGAAGAUAAGUGCCAGUGUGUAUGUAAAAAGACCUGUCCUAAACAUCAGCCACUAAAUCCUGCAAAAUGCAUCUGUGAAUGUAUAGAGUCUCCCAAUAAAUGCUUCUUAAAAGGAAAAAGGUUUCAUCACCAGACAUGCAGUUGUUACAGACCGCCGUGUACAGUCCGAACGAAACGCUGUGAUGCUGGAUUUUAUUUUAGUGAAGAAGUGUGCCGCUGUGUACCCACAUACUGGAAAAGACCACUUAUGAAUUAGUGAAGAGAGCACUACUUGCUAUUUUGGUGUACAUUUUUCCAUUAGAACGAAAGAACAACAGAAACUUUGCUAACAUUUGGAAUGAAAUGUUCACCAGAGACCCUGUGGGGCUUUCAGAGACAAAUGCAUUGUGCUUUUCUCAAGAUGUGGAAGGCAAAUAUAGAAAAUAACUUGGGUUCAUGUUUUGUAAAGAACUCAGUAAGGACUUAUUUUCUGCCAAUGACCAAACAGCCUAGGUUCUCCUUCUUGUGAUUUUUUUUUUUAAGAGAUAAUGACUAUAUAAUUUAUUUCCACUAAAACCAUUGUGCAGCAUUUCUGUUUAUAGCAGUAACAAUUUUUAAAGCUCACUGUGAUCAAUAUUUUUAUAUCAUGCAAAGUAUGUUUAAAAUAAAAUGGAAAUUGUAUUAUAUAA